ACAUACAUGUAUAUCUGCAGGCUUGAUACAACUGCACUGCGCUGCAUACACCACGCGAUAUACGUUGGCCCAGGCACUAACUUCUAAUAUUACAUUCGGGCUUCAAAGUAUGUACGCGCGAGAGCUCGAAAAGUGAGGACCAAGUGAACUCUGUUCGAUUUCCAAGGCUCAUGUGAAAAUAAAGUUUUCCGACCGAGAAGUCGCUAGACAACGUCUACGGGCCGAGGCGCACGUGCCCCCGAUGAGGUUAUGUGCAUUCCACAUACGCAUGCGAAAAAUUUCGCCAGAGAGCAAUAUCACUAUGUGCCUGUGAUGAUGAGUACUUCCGCGAUCAACUACUACGCAUCGUACUACACAGAAGCAGCUGCGGCCACGACAAUCGCUCAGGAUGACGAGCGUUGUGUACGACUUUUUUCAUAUGCAUGAUCUGAUUCACGCCAAUAGAAACUGUUUGAAGGAGAUGAAACUAAAAUAAACAAUUGUAAAUAUUUUGUAAAAUCAGGAAGUGUUUAUAACGUGUUAACAUAGAUUUACAAUACAAUUAAUACAAUUGUAUGUAAGAAAGUGUAAUGUGUGAAUUACAAGCAGGUCAUUGAUCAGUACCUGUAAUUUAUUUAAACUGAUAUUGUAUAGCUGUACAGUUACAUUUUAUGCAUUGGAUCUUCAACUGUCAGUUCCAUUGAAGCAUUCAUUAAAAAAUGACUGACAUAACAAUUAAAGAUCUUCAAGAACUUAUUCACUAUUUUUCCAAAAAUACGUAUCAAGCCAAGAAUGCUGAUAGUACCAGUCAAGCUAUUAUGCAGAGGUGCAUACUUUUAGCAGAUUUGGAUUAUACUCAUACAAUAAUAAGUAAUAAAAAUGGAGAUUUGAGUGACCAUUAUCCCAGUCAUUUAAUAAUUUUGGAAUAUGAAAAACAACAUAGUUUAAAUAACUGUGAUACACCACCACCAAUACAACGUACAACAGAAACUAUAUAUGAAAGUAACCACGACCCUUCUAAACUUAAGACUAUUAUGACAAGUGCAAAAACAGCUAGGUGUCGUAAAAGGUUCCCACUUCCAGUAAUUUUAUACAAAGGACGUAAUGUGUGCAGGUCUGCAACACUCUCAGGUGGUCCUGAGAUUUAUGGUCGAUCAGGGUAUGAGUAUUUUUUUCCAAAUCCUGAAGAAGUAGAUAAAAGUAAUGAAGUUGAUGAUGCCGCAAGCUCUCCAAUGAGUGAAAUGCAACUCUUUGAUAAGUACAGAAAACGAGAUAUAAAACUUCUAAAGGCUCUUCAUGUUGGAACCAUUGUAGAUUUUAUGGUUGAAAAAAAAAAAGUUAAAUUUGGUCUAAACGUUACAUCUUCUGAAAAAGUAGACAAAGAACAAAGAUAUUCAGAGUUUACAAUAGUAUCUCUUCCAUAUCCAGGCUGCGAAUUCUUCAAAGAAUUUCGUGGGAAUGAUUAUGCAGGCAAUGGUUUAGUUUAUGACUGGAAUCAAACACAUGUUGAUGCAGAGAUUGGUAUACCAGAUGAUCCAAUAUCCACGCAGCUUCACAUCAACUGGGAAUUAUACCAACAUUGGGACUUGAUAAGUCUUACAAAAAAUUAUCUAAAACUCAUACUUAGAUAUCUUAAUGAUAGCAGCAAUGGAAUGCUUAUCCAUUGUAUAUCAGGCUGGGACCGCACACCCCUUUUUAUUUCACUACUUCGUAUAAGUUUAUGGGCUGAUGGAAUGAUUCAUACUUCUUUGAAUGCUCAGCAAUUAUUGUACUUCACAGUUGCAUAUGACUGGAUGCUUUUUGGACACGAUCUCAACGAUCGUUUAUCUAAACACGAAGAAAUAUUUUAUUUUUGUUUCUAUUUCCUGAAGUACAUUGGUGAAGACGAAUUCAGUGUGAAUAAGAGGCUCGGUAGCAAACAUACAGUUCGAAAUGACAGUGAUUGUCAACUUGACAAUGCAAUGUUUGAUACUGAUGCUGCGGCACCGUCAUUAAUUGCAGUCAGUUCAAAUUUAAGCCUGAACAGUUGUUGUUCUAACAAUAGUCAGAAUAGUUUUAACAGUAGAGAUAGUCAGGAUAACAAUCCACCAGUGUUCCAUUGUACGGCCGUCGAUGGUCUAGAGGAUGUAGCGACCAAUGGUAAUGUUACAACAUCAUGGGCGAAUUACUAUUCAUCACAAAAUAAAGAAAAUUCAACUGGUUCUCGUUCGCCAUUGCCAUCAUCCAACAAGCGGACAUCUCCGGUAGCUGUACCUUCUGUUCAAGGUCGUUUACGUCAAAGGAACGAGUCUUCCUCAUCGAACGGGUCGUGGCAGAUGAUUAGCGCUACUGGCAGUCUUCACUCCAAUGCAGAUACAGCUUGCAGUAGUCAGGCAUUUGGUAGAGAUGCAGCAACAGCUAGCCAAGCUAAUAAUGAAUCUAGCACCACCCUCGUUGAAGAAGAUAAUUUCCCUUCACCGCCCCCGACAAAACGUCAAAUUCGUCUGGAAAACCUGCGGCAAAUGUUUUACACGGUUUACACUCAAACAGUUGGUCUUCAAAUGAAGAACAAUUCAGAAUCAACUGGCUUGUCUUCACUUUUGGAAAAUGUUGCCGAAAAAUUUGUUUUAUUCACAUCACAACGUACAUCGCUGUGACCUGUGACCUUUGACUAAUGACUACAAUUUUCGUUUGAAGACGAUCAACUACUAAUUUAAAAAAAUUGUAUUUUGACCCCACCGCAUCCUAUCCAGAAUCAACAGACUCUCUUUUCUAAGAAAUAACACGUGCAAUUGUACUUUAUUAAUUUAAUCUUAUUUAUUUUAAUAAUUGUAAAACUAAAGGAUAGUUUGGUUUGGAUUGGAUAUAUGCAGUUUAGUGAUAAGUUUGUGGUGAUGAUUAAAAAUAAUUUUAUAGUAAAGCUAGCUCAUAAUAAUUUGUGCAGAUGUAUUUUUAAAAGUCAGGUUUUAAGUAAUUAAAGAUUCGUUACCCGAAUAAGCAAAAAAUACCUGCACAGAAACGAAAGAGAUGAUUUAUUUUUAUGUUGAUGCUUUUAUAUUAUAAAUAGGCUUAAGAAAGAUACGUAAAAAACUAUUUUUUAUGAUUCUAUGUUUGAUAAAACUAUUUCUUAAAAGUAUUUUUAAAUAUUAUCCACUGUGAUUCAUAAAAAAAUCGUUUAAUCUUUCAAAAUCUAAUUAUGUCAAAUAGUGGAAAAUGCAAAUGUGUUAUAAUUACGGAAUAAAGAGUGUUAAGUAUAUCUUUCAAACCUAACUAUUCUUAGUACCUACUAUUACAAUCAAAAUAAUAAUUAAAAAAGUUUUUAUUUUACGACCUGAAAA